AUGGUCGUGAAGAUUGAUGAUAAGACUCUAGAAGAGCAUUACUCUAAGUUUUUGAAUAGACAAACAGACCGUAGGGUGCUUUUGCAAUUUUGGGACGACUUCUUACCAGAAGGUGUCAAACCACAUCCAAAACCAUGUAUUUUGGCAGCUGGUAUGCCGAAUGAAGGCUUGUUCCCCAUAGAAUCGGUGCAUCUCAAUGUAGUAGAUCGCCCAUUCCAACAUAAUGAUUAUCCAUUCAAGAGCGGCAAGCUACAUCGUAACGGAGAUGAUGGAGAAGGGACUUUCGACGAGAAGGAAUAUGUCAAGUCAAAGGUUGAUGAAGGGACUAUGGUUGAUAUCUGGAGGUAUGAACCCUCGAAUCCGGAAAAUAUUCCUAUUGCUAGAGCCUUGCAGUAUGGGGACACCAAAGGUUUGCCUCAGAUUUUGAAGUUCACCAAAGAAUUGGUGACCUAUUUGAACAAGCCUGCUUAUGAUAAUUGGGACAUCAUGAUGGCCAACGGUUCUUCUGACUCUUUGUCAAAAGUUUUCACUAUUCUAUCGGAUGAAGACGUAACCGUGUUGAUGGAAGAAUUUACCUUCACGCCAACCAUCUCCAAUGUCACAUCUUGUGGCGGUAUUCCAAUCCCUUUAAAAUGCGAUAUCACUGACGAUCCAAAGGAACAAGGCAUCAACGUAGCAUAUAUGACCGAACUCUUGGACAAUUGGACUACAGGACCUUAUUCUCACCUAUCAAAACCCAAACUAUUGUACACCAUCCCAACUGGUCAGAAUCCAACGGGUAUGACCCAAUGUGUUGAAAAGAGGAAACAGAUUUAUGCUUUAUGCGAAAAGCACGAUAUCAUCAUUGUGGAAGACGAUCCUUAUGGAUAUUUAACCUUUUUACCUUAUGAUCAAACUAACCCUAUGAAGAAUCUGUACACCGACGGUACGAUCACCUAUGACAAAUACUGUAAGGAAAUUUUGACGCCAUCCUACCUCACAAUUGAUACUUCUGGAAGGGUUAUUAGGUUAGAGACUUUCUCUAAGGUUUUUGCUCCAGGUAUACGACUCUCUUUCAUCGUUGCUAAUUCGUUCAUCUUAGACAAGAUUUCGAAAUAUGCGGAUAUAUCAGUCAGAGGUGCAUGUGGGAUUUCCCAGGCAAUGACCGCCAAUAUAAUUGAGAAAUGGUCCCAUGCGUUUGAGGGCGACCAUGUCAAGGCGUGGUUGUCUUGGGUAAUGAAGAUUGCGGGCGAGUAUACUCGCAGAAGAAAUGUUCUUUUCCAAGCACUAGAAUCCACUCCGGCUUUCAAAGAUGGUUUGUUUGACCUUGUUGAGCCUUCAGCUGGUAUGUUUGUUAGCGUGGUAGUGAAUAUAGACAAGCUUAACGUUACUGACAGACUAAAAGCUAUGGAUGCCGUCAACUACACGUUGAUCGAAGAAGGUUGCAUUGUAAUUUUAGGCUAUAGAAUGGCUGUAGACAGAAAAUUUUCCUACGAUAGAUCGAACUUCCUAAGAAUCACAUUCGCUAUGGCACCAGAUGAUGAGCAUUUGCAAACCGCAGCCGAGAGAUUGGGUAAGGGUAUUGAAAGAUUUUUCAAAGAGUAUAAAAACUAG